AGGCAGCUCUGCUCCCACGUUCAUGUUACCUGCCACACCAGUAGCGACGCUGGGAGCCGAUACCUCAAGCAGGACGGGAGCGGAAGGGAUCCACUCAGUGUGUGUGCAGCACUACUUUCUCGAGUCCACAUAAACAGCUGGCGAGUAUGAGGACCACGUUGCUGCUGGCAGCCGCCUGCCUCCUGACACUGGGUGACAGGUGUCUGGGGGCCAGGAUCCUGGCAGCUGUGCCAACCCCCUCCAUCAGCCACCAGCUGCCACUGAGGACCGUGCUGCUGGAACUGGCCAGGCGGGGCCACCAGGUCACCUUCAUCACUACCCACCCACUUCACGUUACCACUGAAAACUACACUGAGGUUGACAUUUCGGAGAGUUAUACAAACUUCAUAGAAAAUUUUGAUUUCAAUGAACUACCCGAUGCAACGUCUCCUGUGGCAUUUUUUCAAGUGCUUCUUGACGGGGCGAGAUAUGGCUGCGAGUUUCAGUUUGGUUUGACGCCUAUUAAAGAAUUCUUGAAAUUGGAGCAGAAGUAUGAUGUGUUCAUUAUAGAGAAAUUCGGCUUCACUUGCUAUUAUGGCUUAGCGCACAAAUUGGGAUCUCCACCAUUAAUUGGAUACACUUCUCUUGGAGCUACGUCACUUAUUCGGAAGACCUUCGGCAGUCCAAUUAAUCCUUCUUACAUUCCUGACUACAAUCUUGGAUACACGGACCAUAUGACCUUCUGGCAGAGACUGUACAACACUUACAUCUUACUGCGAUCGCUGGAUAUUGGGCAGAGAGUUUUGUAUGCAAGAGAGGAAGGGGAACUCAGGAAGUAUUCCGGUCCGAACCCACCUGCCCUGAGGGAAAUAGAUCACAAUUUCAGCCUCAUGUUGGUCAACAAUCACUUCAGCGUGAGCUACCCUGUGCCGAACACGCCAAAUAUCGUCGAAUUAACUGGACUCCACAUCCAGAAGGAGAGGAAGCCGCUGCCAAAGGAUGUGGGAGAUUUCCUGGACGGCGCGAGGGACGGUGUGGUGUACUUCAGUCUGGGCUCCAAUGUGCGAAGCACCGCCAUGCCUCCAGAGAGAGUCCGCGCCUUCCUGGACGCUUUCGCUGAAAUCCCGCAGCGCGUGCUCUGGAAAUGGGAAGCUGAUCGCCUGCCCGGUCAGCCCGGCAACGUGAUGACCGCCAAGUGGCUGCCGCAGCAGGACGUGCUGGCUCACCCGAAUGUACGCCUCUUCAUCACUCAGGGAGGACUGCAGAGUUGGAACGAGGCAGCUUAUUUCUCUGUGCCCGUCAUUGGGAUACCUUUCCUAGGAGACCAGAUCUACAAUGUUGAAAAGAUGGUCGGUUUAGGCGUCGGACGAAGGCUGGAUUUAAAAGACGUCACCAAAGACAGUGUGAUGGAAGCCAUACAGACAGUUCUGGAAGACAAGAGCUACCAGGAGAACAUGAAGCGCUUCUCAGCCAUCUACCGGGAGCACCAGAGCACGUCCCUGGAGAGGGCGGUGUGGUGGGUGGAGUACGUGAUCCGCCACCAGGGGGCCCCUCACCUGCGCAGCGCAGCCCUCGACCUGCACUGGUGGCAGCUGCUGCUGCUCGACGUCAUAGCCUUCAUACUGGCUGUGGCGGCCGUGGCGGCGUUUGUCCUCUACAAGCUGACUCGGUGGCUGCUCACGUGGCUCACUCGACCCAGCAAACUGAAGAAACAGUGAAGCUCUUCGGAUCUCAUGUGCCUUUAUCUUGGCAGUCACUAGUAUCUGUGAACCAGUCUGCACACAACCGAUGCAAUAUGUACUUCGUGUAAUGAAGCAACUAUUGAAAUCGAGGAAUCAUGGCAGUACUUUAUUAGGACCUUGAAGCGUUUCAUAAGGAACGUGUUAAUUGCAGGAGCUUAGAAACCGGUUUUCUACAAAACCAAACCAUUAUGUGCUGCCAUAUAUAUCGCUGAAGCUGCAUAUAGCAACCAAAACAUGCUUGUUGCCCAACAUGUGGACUUUCUGAAUAUAUAUUUGGUUAGCAUAACAUAAAUCAAUGUCGUGCCUAUUAUGUAGAAAUAUAUUGUCACUAAACUAACCACAUCUCAUUAGUUCCUCAGCUCUCCAGAUAGCCCACAUUACUGUCCUUAUUAUCACUGGAGCAAUGUAAGACGUCUCUGGGCGUGAAACUGAAGUUACAUUUCUUUUAUAUUUCUUGCUUUGUUGCCUGUAAUAUGUGACGCCAGUUGCGUUGCUGUGGUACUGUGAAGAGUACUCACCACAGCAGUAAGUGGCUGCGCUUAAUGGAGCUCUGUGAAAACCCUCGUACUUUAUGAGGAAUUGGCUCGGUGCUUUUUCUCUUAUCUAGUGAGUAUUGACCUUGUUUGUAUGCUGCUUUUCAUACUAGUGAGUAACUGAACUGGAAACACCCACCGAGUAACGUGUCGCAUCUCCACUCACUUUGAUGAUAGCUGUGGCUAGUCGUGGCACGAAUUCGUGUGACACAGAAGUCAUGGGAGAUCUGUUGUGAUUCAUGACCUUUCAACAUCCGUCCACAAUUUACAGGGGUUGAUUGAAAGCGUGCAAAUCACACUCGAUGGCGUCCCAAAUUUCUUCAACAGGAUCGAAGUCAGGUGUUUCGAAGGCGCACAUAACCUUCAUCUGUCUGGACUGCUUCUCAAAAUAUUGUAACAUAAUGCAUGAGUGAUGAGGUGGCGCAGUGUAUUGUUGAUGGUAAAGUUGACAUGUGAUAGACUGUAGAUAAAUAAAAGGAACCUUAUGUUUUCUGUAACGUUUUUCAGGGAAAGAAAAUGGCACUGUAUCAGAGGUUACUUAUCCCUAUACACAUCGAACAGACGAUGAUGUACAGACGACCUAUCUGAAUGGCAUGCUGUUAACAAGCAGGAUUUGUCACUUUUCUUGAUUUUGAACGUACUCUCAUAUUGUAAUGGUUACAGAACACAGAGAUCGUAUUUAAUAUUUCAUUAAAUUAUAGUUCAAAUCGCGGUUAAUUUCUUUAUAAUUUUAUUUUAUGAUUUCGAUCUAUAAGACGAACGUCAGACCACAGCUCUAAAAUAUAUAGCAUUUGUAAUGGCCCAUAUAUGACACACACUUAGACACGUUAAAUUUGUCAUAGUAGCACCAUUAGUUACGCUAUAAAGUGAUGUGAUAUUCAGAUGAAGUGAGAAGCCAAUAGAGGGAGCUGAGGGAUUGAGAUGUUGGAGGGACAGCUGACUAACAAAUGCUAGGGGUUAUAAAAAAGAAGGUUCACCCACUAAUCCUCAAGUCAUCCAUAUAGAAACCUUCCUAAUGCACACAUAGUGUCUGCACAAACAGGAAAACCCCAUAUUACAAAAAACAAAAGCAACGUACAAUUUGUUUGCAGCGUACUAAUCAAUUCAAAAAGUUUUAGAAGGCCAAUAGCAAUAGUCACGUCAUUCAAAAUUGCCACCUGUCAGGUACUCCACUGAGAUAACAGGCUUCCAUAGAGGCUAGCGCAGAAAAUAAUUCCUGCUGAACGAAGAUUAUGCUGCGCAGGAUGCCAAGGGUCGUUAUGGAGCCGCAAGGCAUCUUUUCCUGCCGUCCCUCGUGUAGCUGGGCCAGUGAAACAAUAUAACCCGCCCAAUAGCCGGCACUAUUCUAUGUCUAGGCUCAACCUGUCCACUCGCAUACGUAGACAUCGCACUUAUUGAAACUGCGGAAAACAUUUUGGGACAUGUUACUUUUGCCGGCAGGGUUGGCCGAGCGGUUCUAGGUGCUACAGUCUGGAGCCGCGCGACCGCUAAGGUUGCAGGUUCGUAUCCUGCCUCGGGUAUGGAUGUGUGUGAUGUCCUUAGGGUAAUUAGGUUUAGGUGGUUCUACGUUCUAGGGGACUGAUGACCCCAGAAGUUAAGUCCCAUAGUGCUCAGAGCUAUUUGAAGCAUUUUGAACAUGUUACAAUCAAACAUAGUAAAACGCACAAGUGAAAUACUGCUGCCUGUUGGUUGUGAACGGAAUAGUUAAGCUGUGUUUAGGUUGUCAUGCUUACUGGCACGGCAUGUUCUUUCUUCUGUGGAGAGGUGAGUGUGUUAAGCAGAGCAGAAAGCGGUCGCAGGGACACGCAAAUGAGCCCACGUUGCCGCCAUAGGAGCACCUCCUCUCGCUGGUAGGCCGGAGUACCGUUCUGCGGCGCCCAACACUCGCCAUUCGGAGGUCCAACAAUGGUUCAAAUGGCUCUGAGCACUAUGGGACUUAACUUCUGUGGUCAUCAGUCCCCUAGAACUUAGAACUACUUAAACCUAACUAACCUAAGGACAUCACACACAUCCAUGCUCGAGGCAGGAUUCGACCCUGCGCCGUAGCGGAGGCGCGGUUCCAGACUGAAGCGCCUAGAACCGCUCGGCCACUCUGACCGACCGUUCAGAGGUGUCAUGCUACUGCAGUGUGUGAUCACAGCCUUUGUACUUCCUUUCAUAAACAGGCUGCAUCUUCUGUACCUCUUAAAAAACGUGCGAUGGUGAAAUAUAAUAAUAACUUCAACGAAUCAUAUCAUAGAAAUACAGUGGUUGGAUAACAAUUUCAAGUGUUGCUUCUACCUAUUCCUACAAACCUAAUAAUGCAAUAAUUCGUUAUAAAACCACUUUUGUUUACACACAUGUCAUUAAGAGUUUGAUAAAAACCGUGUUGAGGUUUCCCGAAAUUAAUUCAACCAGUCGCCUUAUUUGAUUUUUCAAUUUUUAUUUUCCAUUACCGAUUUUGAAUCGUUUUAAAAAAUUUGUGUAAUAUAGAUGUGUAUCAUAUGAUGAUGAAUCGCUAGGGAACUCGAAACCGGUACUGGAGGCUAAAAGUCAAAAAAUUAUCGAAAAUAUGACUUGAUGUAACAAUUUGGCUUCGCAUUCGUAACGGAUAAAAGUUGGAAAACCUUGAUGCUCUAAGUAUGCCAAACUGUUUACGAGCACAUUACAGAAGAUAUUAAUACCGUGAAAUUAAAAAAAAGCAGUUGUAGUCAAAACUACAAUAGUUUAGCAAAUAAGUCGUAGAAAUAUCUUCCUUAAAGUCUUUCUGCUCAUUUAACAAAUCUUGAGAUUGUCUCUUGUGGUGUCUAUAAAGUUCUAUUUCUUGUAAUGUAUUCAGUAAUAAACUUUAUGGGACAUCAUGCAAUUUUUCAAACUGGCAUUUAUAUUGCUACUGACUGCUCUGUGUUUGAGUGGCGCUAACCGGAUACGGAUUUCCCACUUGCUACUCCUGUGAUACGGUUUUUUUAACCUAUUGCAGAAAUUGCAGGCUGUUUGUCCUACGUAUUAUUUUUCACAGUCCUUAAUUUAAUAUUGUAAACACCAGAAUUGUAAAACACUUUCCUCUGGAUACUUAAAGCGUGUUUCAGUUUUAUCUGUGAAGAGUUCUUGCUAAUAAUAUCUCUAUUUCGAAAUAACUAGCUAUCUUGUUUGAAAUAUUGACCAUAUAUGUCAUAUUGAUGAAACUUCAAUAAUGCGGUCAGUGGCUCUCGCAAUUUAUUUCAAAAUUAGAAUUUCCUUUUCAGUUUCUACAGUGUCUAAAUAUAAUAAUAAAAUUAUAUGGACGACAGACAUAAAGAAAGCCUUUAUAUAUUUAUAAAGAUGGCGUGAACUAGAAUUGGUGACUGUAAAUACAGUAGUGGGUUUUCUAAAUAUUCUGCACUGAUAUCUACAUUUAUUACUUAUAAUUUUCAAGUUUAAGAAAUUACUUAAUCUGCCUACUUCAUGUUUGCUUGUGAAUUGAAUCUUAGGAGGUUUAUGCAGUAUUAUGUUUGUAAACUGUA